GUGGAACAAUAGAAGUCGCUGGCCGCCUUGGUUAAUGCUGAUGAGGCAUUUUUUUUUGUUUGGUCGCGCUCAUUUGCAAGGAAAACAGUUGAAGAGCAGUCGUCCAGUGGAAAAUGUCGACCAUCGUUACGGAAACGAUACGGGAAGAUGCCGUGAAACCGCUUUCCACGGCCAGAGAGACCAACUGGAUCAAAGUGCUCUUCCAGAUACAGAUAACGCUGUCUGCGUUAUGUGCCAUACAUUUCCUGCUCAGCGAUUCCUACUGGAGGACGAUUUGGUUCACACUCCUCCUGGUAUUUUUGGGGCACAUUGGUGUUACUGCUGGAGCUCACAGACUUUGGGCACACAAAUCUUACAAGGCUAAUGGGGUCCUCAGACUGUUUCUUGUCGUUUGUCAAACCUUAUCUGGCACAGGUUCAAUAUACGAUUGGGUCCAUUGGCAUAGGCUUCAUCACAAACAUUUUGGAACCGACCUCGACCCCUACAACCCCUCCAAAGGUUUUCUGUACUCCCAAAUACAGAGUGUAUCUCUGAAUCUGAGUCCUGCCCAAGAAAGAGCACUCGAAGGGAUCGAUAUGGAAGAUCUCCGAAAGGAUAAAAUGGUAAUGUUCCAGAAAAAAUGGUACUUCUUGUUGUACGUUAUAAUAGUGCUGUUGCUUCCCAUAAAUGCCCCAGCUGAAUAUUGGGGAGAGAACUUAUAUUCAUCCUUAUUCUUAGUUGGAUGGUUGAGGUGCGCCAUCAAUCUUCAGCUUGCAUGGUUGAUUCACAGUGCUACCAAAAUUUGGGGGCUCAAGCCAGGAGAAAAAUACCCGUGUGACACGAACCUCGUGUUCAUACUGAACAAGAGCAACUGGCUGUCCUACCACUACCUCGCCCCGUGGGACUACCAGACCAGCGAGUACGGCCAGUACGGCUCUGACACCGUCUCGCAGUUCAUCAGGGUGUGCGCAGCGCUCGAGUGCGCAACUGACCUGCGCACUGUGGACAGCGCUACCGUACGCAGUGCGCUCACUAUGUCCAUGGUGGAGAACAGGCACAUCACCAGCUGCCUGCAGGAGCUGUGCGAGAAACAGACUGGGGUGCCGAUUGAUCAUUACUUGACCCCAUCUAAAUACUACUAG